AUGCGGCGCUGGCCUUUGCAUCGGGUAUCUGCAGCAACUGCUGGACGAUGCAUUUGGCCAUCUUUGUACAGGCCGAUUUUGCCCUUGAAACCAGCUUGUGCUGUGCGGGCAGCAGCAAGUCUGCCAGAGGAUGUGCCUUUGGACAGACUACGCAAUGUUGCCAUCAUUGCACACGUUGAUCACGGAAAGACGACUCUAGUGGACCAGCUGAUGAAGCAGAGCGGAAUGGGGUUGAAGGUCACGGAGAGAAUGAUGGAUAGCAAAGAUCUGGAACAGGAAAGAGGUAUUACCAUCCUGUCAAAGGCUACACGGAUCUCAUGGAAUGGUUACGUCUUUAACAUCGUGGAUACCCCCGGACACGCUGACUUUGGCGGGGAGGUGGAACGAGUUCUCUCCAUGGUGGACGGAGUUGUCCUUCUGGUGGACAUUGUAGAGGGUCCAAAGACGCAGACCAAGUUUGUGCUCCAGAAGGCGCUCAAGCACCCGGAAAUGAAGCCAUUGGUUGUCAUCAACAAGGUAGAUCGCCCCAUGACACGAGAAAAGGGUGAGGUCGAGAAUGAUAUUUUUGAUGUCUUUGCCAACAUGGCUUCGACAGACGAACAGCUGGAAUAUCCCACACUCUACGCAUCUGGCAAAGCUGGUUUCUGCGCCACGUCCCUGGAAGAAGCGCAGUCAGAGAACCGCCCAUCCGACAUGAUGGUCCUCUAUGAAACGAUUCGCGACAUUGUGCCGCCGCCCAAGCCUUUCACCCAGGACCCUGCAAUCGUGGAGCUUGAUGAGAAGUGCAAGGGAUUUUCUAUGCUAGUCUCACAGCUUGACAGGCUUCCAGCCCUUGGACCCACAGUUACUGGCAAGGUGCACAGUGGUCAGAUUCACAAGGGUGACAAGAUCAGUUGCAAAUCCUUGGAUGGAGAGGUCGUCGGUUCUGGCAAGGUUAGAGAGAUAACGGUGGUUCACGGCGUGAGCCGAGAGCCUGUGAAGAUGGCUAAAGCUGGUGACAUUGUCUCUGUCAGCGUCACAGGCUUCACUCCUCGAUGGACUCAAACACUUGUGAGCCAUUCCAAAGUCCCUCCCGUGGAGUGCCAGCCCAUCGAUCCUCCGGUUAUCUCCGUUCGAGCAGCUGUGAACGAUUCUCCAUUGGCUGGCAAGGAUGGUAAGUACAUCACUAUGAAUGCAGUUGGUGAACGCUUGGAAAAGGAGGCCCUUACCAAUCCCGCCAUUGAGAUUAAGCAGUCUGCGAAUCGCGACUACUUCGAGAUUCGGGGUCGUGGGGAGAUGCAGCUUGGCAUCCUGAUUGAGGAAAUGCGGCGCGAAGGCUACGAGAUGUCGCUCUCCCCACCGACUGUCGUGAAGCAGCAGGGUGAAGAUGGCAUGACCAUGGAGCCCUGGGAGGACGUACAGAUCGAGGUGGACAUGGCACAUGGAAGCCUGGUGAUGGAGCGCAUGUCUGGGAGGGGCGCAAAGGUGUUGGACAUGAACACCACCGGAGAGAGACAGACAAUAAAGUUGGAGGCUGCGACAUCCUCCAUGCUUGGCCUCCGUAGUUGGCUCAGGGAAGUCACUGGGGGGACAGGCACUGUCGUGUCUGACUUCAAGGAGAUGAGGCCUCAAGGGCCGCCUCCGCCCCGUGACAGGAAUGGGGUCCUCAUCGCCAACACCCCCGGCAUUUCUACGUCUGUGGAUCUCGGGAAGGCCGCACGAAUGGGAAAACUGUUCAUCAACGAAGGCAUGGAGGUCUAUCCAGGCAUGAUCUUUGGAGAGAACAACGGCAUGGGCGAUAUUGACACCAACAUUUGUAGGAAACACGAUGGAUACCAAUCGGCUGCUGGAUUUGUCCCUCUCGAGAAACGGCUGGAAGAGGCCUUAAGCUACAUUCUGGACGAUGAAAAGCUUGAAGUGACUCCCAAGCGCAUCGUCAUGCGAAAGGCAAUCCUUGAUGCCAACGAGAGGAGAAUCGCGGCCAAGGCAGCAGCCAAGCAGCGAGCUUAG